UAGCAAUCACAGGACAUGACGCGCAAUGGAGAUAGGCAGAAAGUCGCGCUGUUUCUCGUAUUUCUCUUAGUGUUCAGCGUCACCAUUGAAGAAGUAAGCACGUGUCAACAAGCUUGUGCUAGUUUUGAAGGAGCAGCGCAGCGCAAGACUUACCACUUGUGUCUCAAGCAAAGCAGAGAACACGGCUACAUAAAAGCAGGCCCACCCAGCACUCGCCACAGACCAACCUCAGCAACGAAGACUGACGGGCACAACCUUGGCGCAAUGAAGACACUGCUGUUUGUGCUGGUGCUGGCGGUGGCAGUCGCCCAGGCUAAAGCCCACGGUCGCGGGAGAUCCGGCGAUUGGGGAUAUGGCAAUGAAAAUGGUCCCGAUACUUGGCCGGACCAUUUCCCCACGUGUGGCGGCAGCAGGCAGUCUCCCGUGGCCAUCAACACCGGUGAAGCUGAAACAGACAUUCCACAUACGUCCUUCCACUUUGUUAAUUACGACGCCAAGCCCACCACUGUGACCCUCACCAACACUGGACAUUCAGUUCAGGUCAACAUGGACAUCAAUGCCUCGGUGUCGGGGGGCAGCCUGACCGGUGAAUUCGUCUUUCAUCAGUUCCACUUCCACUGGGGUGCUGUAUACACCCGCGGCUCAGAACAUACCGUGGAUCACAACAGGUUCCCCGGCGAGCUUCACUUGGUACACUACCGCGAGAGUUACGGUAGCUGGGCGGAGGCAGUGAAGCACGAGGAUGGCGUGGCUGUGUUUAGUGUCCUGUUGGAGCUGCAUCUCACAGACAACCCGAAUCUCCACCCAAUUGUCAACGGCCUCAUGGAUGUAAUCUUGCCUCACGAAACGGCUCUUAUCAGCCCAGUAGUCCUGCACAGCCUCCUGCCCAGCAACGUGGAUCACUUCUUCAGUUACUCGGGUUCCCUCACCACUCCAGGCUGCGACGAGGUGGUGGAAUGGACGAUCUUUAGGGACAGAAUCCCCAUAUCCAACAGUCAGCUGAAGCAAUUCAGGGAGCUGACUGCUGGAGAUGGCAGCACACUGCAGGACAAUUUCCGAACCCUGCAGCCGCUCAACGGCCGCAAGAGCAGCGCAGCGCAAGGCUCAGCCUGUUGUCUCGAGCAAAGUAGAGAACGAAGCUUCACAAAUGCAUGCAGAUUCACCCACUGGCCAGCACUCGCCACAGACCAACCUCAGCCACGGAGGUUGAUGGGGCACACUGUUGGCGUCAUGAAGACACUCCUGCUUGUGCUGGUGCUGGAGGUGGCGACCGCCCAGGCGAGAGUCGACGGUCAGGUGAGGACCGGCGAAUGGGGCUACGGCGCUGAUAAUGGACCCCAUACUUGGCAGUACACUUUCCCCGCGUGUGGCGGCCGCAGGCAGUCUCCCGUGGCCAUCAACACCUGUGAGACUGAAACAGACUUGCCAUUGACGCCCUUUCACUUCAAUAAUUACGACGCCAAGUCCACCACUGUGACCCUCACCAACACUGGGCAUUCAGUUCAGGUCAACAUGGACGUUAAUGCCUCGGUGUCGGGGGGCAGCCUGACCGGUGAAUUUGUCUUCCAUCAAUUCCACUUCCACUGGGGUGCUGCAGACACCCACGGCUCAGAGCAUACCGUGGAUCAAGUCAGGUGCCCCGCUGAGAUUCACUUGGUACACUACCUCAAGAGCUAUGGCAGCUUCGAGGAGGCUGUGAAGCACGAGGACGGCGUGGCUGUGUUCGGUGUUAUGCUGGAGCUGUCGUACACUGAUAACCCAAAUCUCCACCCAAUUAUCAACGGUCUCAGGGGUGUAAUCUUGCCUCACGAAACGGCUCUUAUUAGCUCAGUAGCCCUGCACAGCCUCCUGCCCAGCAACGUGGACCACUUCUUCCGUUACUCGGGUUCCCUCACCACUCCAGGCUGCGACGAGGUGGUGGAAUGGACGAUCUUCAGGGACAGAAUCCACAUAUCUAGCAGUCAGCUGAAGCAGUUCAGGGAGCUGACUGCUGAAGAUGGCAGCACACUGCAGGACAAUUUCCGAACCCUGCAGCCGCUCAACGAGCGCGAGGUGUAUCGAUCCUGGUUAUAAACCGCCAUCACCAGUACUGCCGUGCCAAAACGGCAUUCCCGAGCACCAUCAGUGCAAAUUACCUCCAAGAUGUCAACAUUAAUUGUAAACAUCACUUCCCAUGUAGUUAUGAUAGAUUAUUAGAGUAAAAAGAUAAAAAUACGGCGGGGUUGUUAGUUAAGUAGUCCACUGUGCAAGAACGGUUGUUUGUGUAUUUAAUAAUGAAUAGUUUGCUGCUCUGGUAACUGUCCACUACAUUGCCAACUGCCAGUGAUGUUCAUCAGUAGCUGCUUUUUUUUUUUUUUUUUUUUUCAUAAUUACGAAAUAAAACUGUCUUACUGCUGAG